GUACUCGUAAGGAAUGUACGUCAUUGUUCACCGCCGGACAGAAGGCCUACAUUGGGAUGGGUUUGACACCGUCUCAAUAAAACACAGUAAUGAACAAUGACUAUAGUUGACAAGCAAACAGAGUCUUCUGACCCUGAGUCUGGUCAGUCCAAGCCCUCUGGCUGCCUGACCCCCUCCUCCUCUGGAGACAUGGACUCAAGCUCAGCGAGUUGGGGAGCUGUGUCAUCCGCCUUGGACGCCCCUAAAAGUAAAGCCACUUCUGUAGGACCGACCCCGGGAGCUGCUGUUUAUUCCAGAAGUACAGCACCCGUGCAAGAGAAAGCAAAAUCCACCAUACACAAGGAUCAAAACUUGGCAGGGGGCGGAGAUGGGAUCGCUCCUCCACAGAAAGUUCUAUUUCCAGUGGAGAAACUGUGUCUAAAGUGGCAUCAGAUGCAUCAGAUUGGAGCUGGACUCCAAAAUUUGGGCAACACUUGCUUCCUGAACUCUGCUCUGCAGUGCCUCACCUACACAGCCCCUCUGGCCACCUACAUGCUGUCACGUGAGCACUCCAAAACAUGCCACGAGGCUGGAUUCUGUAUGAUGUGCACAAUGCAGAAUCAUAUCACCCAGGUGUUUGCCAACUCUGGAAAUGUCAUAAAGCCCAUGUCUGUCAUAAAUGACCUUAAGCGUAUUGCCAAGCAUUUCCGAUUUGGUAGCCAAGAGGAUGCACAUGAAUUUCUCCGCUACACUAUUGAUGCUAUGCAGAAAUCGUGCCUGCCAGGGAACAAGUUGGACAGACACACCCAGGCCACCACAUUAAUACAUCAGAUCUUUGGGGGUUAUUUGCGGUCCAGAGUAAAAUGUCUGAAUUGCAAAGCGGUUUCUGACACUUUUGAUCCCUACCUGGAUGUUGCUUUGGAAAUUAAGACUGUGCAAAGCAUCACCAAAGCACUUGAGCAGUUUGUAAAGCCUGAACAGUUGGAUGGAGAAAAUGCUUACAAGUGCACCAAGUGCAAGAAAAUGGUUCCAGCUUCAAAAAGGUUUACAAUACACAGAGAUUCCAAUGUGCUUACCAUAUCCUUGAAGUGCUUUGCCAACUACAAUGGGGGCAAGAUCACAAAGGACGUGAGGUAUCCAGAAUUUCUAGAUAUUCGUCCAUUCAUGUCGCAAUCCACUGGGGAGCCAGUUAUAUAUGUCCUGUAUGCAGUUCUAGUGCAUUCUGGGUUUAGCUGCCAUGCUGGACACUACUAUUGUUACAUAAAGGCCAGUAAUGGACAGUGGUACCAGAUGAACGAUUCUGUAGUAUCCACUAGCGACAUCCGGUCUGUGCUCAAUCAGCAGGCUUAUGUGCUGUUUUACAUAAGGUCUCCAGAUGUGAAGAACGGAGGAGAUUAUAAUCAUUCCGCAUGCACCCCAGGACAGUCCUCCCCUUGCCCCAUAGUGAGUCAGCGCCUGGGUGGUACCAAACAGCAGACAACAGGCUUCAUUGGACCGCAGCUCCCCCCUCACAUGGCUAAGAGUUCUAACCAUAUCAAUGGAAACUGCUCUGUGAAGGAGGUCCCCUGCAGUUCCAAGGCAAGUGCCAGCAACAUUGGUUUGAACAGGAUGGGGUCGAGCCAGCCUUCUACUUCUUUCCAGAACCGCCCACUAAACAGGCCCACCGUUAUUCCAGAACCCACUAAAAGGCCAAAGCUGACCUUCCAAAUUGGACAGAGCAAGUCGGCACGUCCUUCCCAUUCCCAGCCCAACUUCCACAGCAGCCCCCUGGACAAGCUGUACAAGCCCAGCACUUCCACAUCCACCGUCACCCACUCCUCCUCCUCCUCCUCCUCUACUGCUCAGUCUACCUCAGGAGCACCCAGCUAUACAGCUCCUGCCACAGUAUCACAAGCCGAUACACCCCCUGAGCCCCCUUGUUCCAGGGUGAAUGGCGCCCCCAAGCGUAGCGCCAGCUUCCUCGUUCCGUAUGCUGAGGAAUCCUCGGACGAGGAGCCCGGUCCGGUUAUGGAGAAUGGGCAUGCAAAGCCCUGCAAUGGAACGGUUAACGGAACUAGAUUGGACACAUUCCCGACCUCGAGUGCUAUUCCUCCACCUCCAGACCUCGGAAAGAAUUGUUCGGAUGUGCCUUAUUGCAAGGCAGAGUUGAACGGCCUGACCACGAUGGCAGUGGAGUCUGAAGAUGCCAGGCUCACGGUUGAAACAGUGAGCUGCCCUUUGAAGCAUACUAAACCCAUUGAGAACGGCUUGCCAAAAACUAACGGUUUUAAACACAGUGAUAAGCGAACUUCUGAUAUUUCUGACACUCUGGAAAGCAUUGGUGCCAGUACUACAAAUACAUCAGAACCCGCUAAAAAGCCAAAGCUGACUUCCCAUUUCGAACAGAGUGAAAAAGAAAAAAGUCCUUGUUUGCCCUCAAGGGGGACAACUUUUCCAGCAGCUGCUACUGUUGUCAAUCCCUGUGUGGACAGGGUUCAAAAUCUGGAAAACUGUUCAGCCGCCUCUCCUGUUAAAGAUGCAGUCAGGUCUCCAGCCCCUGAACUGUGUGAUAAAACUCUUCUUGUUCAAGAAGAAAGGGCUGCCAAUACUACCAUGAACAGUAAAACCUCUGCCCUUGACCCUGCAAUUCAUGCUAAUUGUAAUACUGAUAACAAACCAAACCCUAAUAGGGAAACUCAAAUGUUCCAGGUAAAGAGUGAAAAUAAGCAACCUCCAGAGGCGGAGGAGACAACUCUCAAACAAUCUGUUGCAAGGACAGAGGGUCCUGUCCAGCUUCAAACGAGGCAUUCAGAUAACUCCACUGGCUUGAAAAAUCCUGUUAGCUGUGAAAAUGUUAGCAAACAUGUCAUAUUAAACACCACUAAUUCUAAUAUAUCUUUUUGGGACAAAGCAAAGGAUCAGAUCAAGACAUGUCUUGAGACUAUAAAGGAAGAAAGUCAAGAAGCCACAUUAGAACACAGACAGUCCCCAGGGAAAGACAGGUGUGCUGAAAACAGGAAGCUGACAUCUCGGACUGAUGAACAGCCAAGGAGCUCAGCAGAGAGGGAGGAGAAAAGCAGAAUCGGAGAAUUGCAUUCACAUAGCACCGAGAAGGACAAACGCAGAACGUCAGACAGGGAAAAAAGUUAUAGACACAAAUCUCCUCAUAACGUAAGAUAUAGUGAAGGUAAAACAAAGCUUUCUGAGAAGUACAGGUAUCGAUCUAGAAGUAGGGAAACAACCAACCACAAGAAGAGUAGGCUGCAUGAUAAAGACUAUUGUCCCUGUAAAUAUCGAUCCCAUAGCAGAGAUAGGUCCCGUAGUAGGGAUGGGUAUUAUAGAGACAGAGAAAAGGACUGGAGGCAGGAAAGACACACUUACCACAGCAGGGACUCUUACUACAGGUCCAAAGAAGAGCUGGACAGGAGGUUCCCUCAAAGCAGUAGGGACUGUGAGAAGUCAUCCAGUCACUAUAACAGGGACUGGCUUCACAAAGAAGUGCUUUCCUCCAGACCCCAAUGGAUGAAUGGGACUACAAGCAAAGAGAACAAUUGUAAGGACUUUGGCAAACAUGAUUACUGCAAGGGCAGAUUAGAUUCUGAUCAUUUACGACCUUCCUUCUCCUCCUCCUCCUCCUCCCACUAUUCCAAGCACGUCAAGGACAAACGCACCUUGGGCUCCAAUGGGAGGAGCUCAGAACGCAAUAGCGAGCAUGCAAGACACGAGAGCAGAUGGCACUACGACGACCACGACACUGAGGAUAGUGAUUUGGAGAGAAAGCGGAGGAGACACCUGCAGGACGAGUCUUCAGAGGAGAGGAGAGCCAGGAAACACAAAAAGUCAAAAAAGAAAAAGAAGUCCAAACAUAAAUACAGAAUCAGGGACCACAGAAGUCACCAGGAUUCCUCUGAAGCAAACUCUGAUAGUGAUUCAUGGAAACACAAGAAAAAGAAAAAACACAGAAGUGACGGUUCAGAUCAGGACAAACCUCAGCGCUCCCAGUACGGGAAGCAGAACUCCAGGUCUGGGGAUGAGUCGGACAGCAGCAACAAGGCAUCCAAGAGCAACGACUUCAGAGGGGUAGAUGUCAGGACAGACAGUCAAAAACAGUAUCCCGAGGAGAAGGAAGAACAGUCCCAUAAAGAAAAGAAUUCCCAGAUUGAGAGUGGCUAUUACACAAGCAGUGAACAUCACAGAGGUUACCGGUCAUCUCAGUCAGAUGCUGAAAUGUAUAGGUGUCCUUUAAAUAGAGUUCACUUGGAAGCAAAGGAAAAAUCUGAAAAUGGAGCUGACUGUCAAUCUUCUCUCAGACUGGUGACUGAAAUAGGUAAUCAAUCUGGAUGCAAGGAGUCUGAAAUUGAUUCCUCUUGCAGGGACACAGCCAGGUGCAAAUUUCUUUUGCAGGCGAGUGACAAAACAUCCGCAAUAGAGGAGACUGCUCACUGAUGACAGGUCAGCCUGAUUAAUCUAAAGUUUAUUGUUUUUAUUUUUUGUAACUGAAAAAGAAUUAGUUGGGAACAGUCAAUUAUGCAAUACAACAGGCAUUUCACUGCACAUUUAAUCCAUAGAACAAAACAUUUCAGAAAGCAAGUGUUUUUUUUUUGUUUUUUUUUAAAACAUAGUAACUGAAGGCUUUUGAACCAGACAGUAGAGACUGCAAGUUUAAAUGGAUCAAUGGUGAGCUUUAUUUACUUGUAUGUUAACUUUUUUUUUUUUUUUUUGCUCUGCAGUGUCACAGAAGCCAUCCCUAGACGGCAUAAAUAUGCAAGACUAAAUAAUGGAUCCUGACAGUGGUGCUUUUAAUCCUUGUAAGAAUACUGCAUUCACUUUCACCACAGAAGAACUUUUUACAAAAAAAAACACUUUAAAAUCUUUAGGACUUUUUUCAUUUACACUUUGACAAAUUAAUUUAACAUACUUGGAACACUGUAAAAUGUAAAUAGGAUUAAUGUUAUGUAUAAAAGAUGCCUUGGAAUUUAACAUCAAUUGCUGCUCAACUACAGACUCAGGAUUAAUUUCUACUUGUGUGUUAAAUGUGUAAGUAAAAGAGAAUGAAAAGAAACCACAAAGUUCGUUGCGGAAUUGUUAAAACAUUGCUUUUGUCUCAUUACACGAGGCGUUCAAACAAA